GGCAACGGGAGCAGAGGCUAAUCUUAACCACUUUUCCUUUUCACUUUUGUUUUCAAAACUUCACUGCUUAAAACCACAUAGACAGAACUAACUGAUUGUGUUGUGACUUGUCGAUAAAAAAUAUUUUCUGAAGUCCAUCAGUGACAUUAUUAUUUUUUACUCUUACUCGCACAAAUCAUGACUUUAGAGAAUGAACAUCCAAGAAAACUGAUUCCUUCUCUUUGUAAACAAUUUUAUGAUCUUGGCUGGGUUACGGGGACAGGAGGAGGCAUAAGCAUCAAACAUGGGAAGGAGAUUUAUAUUGCACCAUCUGGUGUACAAAAAGAAAGAAUUUUGUCUGAAGAUUUGUUUGUUCAAGAUAUUGACGGUAAUGACUUAGAAUUGCCUCCAAGUUCAAAAAACCUCAAGAAAAGCCAAUGCACUCCUCUUUUCAUGUGUGCAUACAAAGCUCGCAACGCAGGCGCAGUAAUACACACACACUCUAAGGCUGCAGUAAUGGCAACUCUGCUCUACCCAGGCAAAGUUUUCAAAUGUACACACUUGGAAAUGAUUAAGGGCAUAAAGAAUCCAAAGCUUGGUCGCAACUACAUGUACGACGAGAUGUUAGUGGUGCCGAUCAUUGAGAACACGCCGUGGGAGGAGGAUUUGAAGGAUCGGAUGGCACAGGUGAUGGAAGAAUACCCAGAAACCUCAGCUGUGUUGGUGCGCAGACACGGCGUCUACGUGUGGGGCGAUACGUGGGAGAAAGCCAAGACCAUGUGUGAAUGCUACGAUUAUCUGUUUGACAUUGCAGUCCAGAUGAAGACUGCUGGACUGGACCCAACAAUACCUCCUGCUGGUGUGGAUAAAUUAUAACUUCUAAGGGAAACUGAAUGUAUCAUCUAAAAGAAUAGCCUUUUAGAUAAUUGAUCUAGAAACGUAUAUGGAAGUAAAUGGCUACAUAAAAGUGAGAUGAGCCUUAAAACCUAUAAAGCAAAUGUGAUAAUAAUUAUACACACAGGAUAACCCGAGUUCUACCCUUAAACAUUUUUGGUACACAUUGUAAAGGUACUACUAGUAUAAGUGUUUUGCAAAAAAAUCUAGAUCUUUAAAAUAUAUAUAUUUACAUUGUUGUAAAACUGAUUAAUUGGUUAAAUUGUAUAACUGAUUCAUAAAAUCAACAAAAACUUGUGAGGUUUACCUAGUCAAUUAAAAAAUGUUUUAUAAUUUCAUGACCUCCUCUAAUGCAAGGCACACACUGGAACCCCAUCCCCCAUGCGAGGAACAUUUCCCUCAUAUUUCUCCUAGCGAGGGCCGCAGUCCCUGCCUACCAAACCAGCUGUAGCACUAAUUCAUAUUGAGUCUAGGAAAAGCUAAUGUCUACAUGUUUGUUAUUACUACUGUUAUUAUUUUGACAAGUAGGCCAGUUUGUGGCAUUGCCAAACCUUAUACUGUCCUUGUAUCAGAGGAGGCUGUGAUAUUUUAUGAUUUAGUCCUUAUCAUAUCAUGUUAAUUUAAAUUUACAAUUUUAAACAUAUUUUUCUUCUUUAUAAAUUUACUCAGGGAGACAGUUGGUAUUAUUUGUUCAUGUAUUGUAUGUUAUACUUAUAAACUA